AUACUUCAGUGAUCGUCUAAUAACGUUUAAUAUAAGUGAGUUGAAUUUAAAAAUGAAAAUAUUCUUACUUAUAUGAUGUAAUUAACGUAACAGAUAUAAUAUAUAAAGUGUUUUAUAAUUUAAGAGUAUAUUUCGAACAAGGAAUCUCAUUCAUAAUUGGUGUUACACUGUUGAAAACGAGUAUAGAGUAUUCGUGAUAUUUUCUAACCUCUAAGUGUUUGGUAAUACACUUGUUAACGCAUUUUUUUGCAACAAUUAACUGUAACUAUGAAUCCAGAUAUACAGAAGAAAAUUCUACAGUUUGAAGCUUUUAUAAAUGGUGUGCUAAAAGCUGAUCUUGCGAAGUUAGAAGAAAAACUUGAUAGUAAAAAUACAGAUAUUGCUGAAUUUCUUCAGCUAAAGAACAUUAUCACAACCUUUCAAUCCAGCGACUUUAAUAAAAAAGAUUUUAAAACUCAAGUAGAUAUUGGAAACAAUUUUUAUGUUGAAGCUCAUGUUCAGGAUGUUUCAAAUAUUCUAUUAGACGUUGGUUUGGGACACUAUGUUGAAUUUAGUUUAGAGGAAGCUUUGAUAAUAAUUAAUGUAAGAAUCAAACUUUUUGAAAAACAGAUAGCUCAUAUACGGAAACAAAUUGCAAGAACUAAUGCCCAUAUAAAGUUAAUUUUAAUAGGUAUCAGAGAUUUACAAGGAUUACAAUAAUGAUAUAUGGUAUUAAAUUGUACAAAUCAAUACUUAUACUUUCAAGUAGGUGUGAUAUAUGUGUCAUAGGCAUAUGUAUAUAAUAAAACAUCAAGUAUUUUAUAUAAAAUAUAUUUUUAUAAAUAAA